CGGGAUGCGGAAGUGAGGAGCUGUAGCGGCGGCGGUGGCGGCAGAGAGACUGCAGGAAGAUUCCCAGCUGGCUUGCCUGCAAAGUCCAAGGAAGGCACAAUUGAAGGCACGUUUCCUGCCAUGGUGAAUGAGAGGCAUAAUGGCAACCUGCUUGUGCACCUGGGAGCCAAACUGCAGGCCUACCCGGAGGAGCUGCUCCGGCAGCGGCGAGGCUACGAUGGCCAGCCCGAGUACCUGAUCCAGUGGAGCAUCAUCAGCUUGGAAGAGAGAGCAGUGGAAGGCAGCAGUGCCUCCUCCGCAGAGACCAAGCCGGAGAACAUCUCGAUGUGGAUGUCUGCAGAAGAGGUCUGUGCCAGCUGCCCGGCGCUGCUGGGCAAGAGGAAGCUGGAAGGGCAGUGGGUGAAAGAGGAGAAGGCAGCCAGCCCGUUCGCUGCAGAUGUCCCGCUGGAUGAAGCCUCGCUGCUGGAGAUGAAGGCUGAUGUCAGGAGCCUGACGCAGCGAGCUGGCCGGCAGAUGGCCGAGACUGAGGCCCCGGAGUCCUCCAUCCUCAACACCAUCCACGUGCUGAGCGCGUACGCCAGCAUUGGCUCGCUGGCGGGCGCCUUCAAGGAGACGGGAGCCCUCGACUUGCUGAUGAAGAUGCUGUGCCACAAGGAGAAGGAACUCCGCCGCAGUGCCGCCAAGAUGCUGAGGGCCCUCGCUUCGCACGAUGCAGGGAGCCGGGCCUAUGUCCUGCUGUCGCUGAGCCAGCAGGAUGGCAUUGAGCAGCACAUGGACUUUGACAGUCGCUACACCUUGCUGGAGCUGUUUGCUGAGAUGAUGUCUUCUGAAGAGCACUGCAUGUCCUUUGAGGGGAUUCACCUUCCCCAGAUCCCCGGGAAGCUGCUGUUCGUUCUGGUGAAGCGCUACCUGUGUGUCACUUCUCUGAUGGACAAGCUCAGCAGUGGCGUGGAGCAGGGAGGGGAGCAGCAGGACUGCGUUGUGCGGAGCCCGCUCGCUGAGGAGAGGAGCCGUGUGAAGCAGGAGUUUGAGUUCAGCAUGGCUAUGGCAAACCUCAUCUUGGAGCUGGUGCACGUGAUGGGCUGGGACCACGGCCACAAGCCAGAGCCGCUGCCCCAACAGGAGCUGCGGCCUCGCACCACCCACUCCAUCUUCCACCCCAAGACCCCAGCCCGCACUGCUGCCCAAAUGCCUGUGCUCACUUCAAAUCGUGAUCCCCACAAAAAGCAGGGUCGUGCCUUCCUAACCCUGUCAGACUUCGCAGACCGCAGUGGCUAUGUGGAGUACUUGCAGGCAAACCUGGUGCGCGGCAUGAGGGUGCGCUUGCUGGAGGACUGUGGUGAUGUUAGAGCUGGGGAGGAAGGCGAGUUUCUUCAGAGCACUAAUAGCAUGCACACAGUGCAGGUUUUAUGGCAGUCAACAGGUCAGACCUACUGGAUGCAUUGGCAUAUGUUGGAGAUUAUUGGCUUUGGAGACCAGUGGGAAGAUCUUGCUGCUCAGGAAAAAGAAUAUAGUCUGAUAGAGAGCUUUAAUCUAGACACAGUUGCGCAGCCGUUUUUCUGCAAGCCCUUUGGGGGCCUGUACUCUCUGCCUUACCUGGGGGAGCAGCCGGCCAAGGCUGCAGAGGCCCUGAGCCGUGCCGAGUGGUGGGAGCUGCUCUUCUUUGUGAAGAAGCUGGAAGUGCAGGAGCAGAAAGAGAUCAUCUCUCUCAUCCAGCAGGACCAGGGGGAGCAGCUGUCGGAGGUGGAUGAAGAAGCCCUGAUCCAGCUGUCAGUACCUGCGGAGCUGGCCCAGAAGAUGCUGCGGGUCUUGGAGCAGCGGUGCCAGGGCAGCGCUCAGUGUGACCUGCGCGGCUCCCACGUCUACGCCAAAUACUUCCUCGGCAGGGGGGCCGAGCAGGAUGGCGGGGGUGGCCCCGCGGUGUCCUCGGAGGGUGCCGGCUGCAGGAGCGCUGGCCCUGAAGCCACAGCGGCGAAGGAAGACCUUUCCGCAGCCACAGUGCCGCCCCAAGCCCCCGCUGUGGCGGCCAAGUCGGAUUCCCAGCUGUUCAGCGAGCUCCUGGAGAGGGAAGGGCUGUUCUUCCCCGAGGUGACGGAGGAGCAGAUCAAAGCGUUGGGCAGCUGCGAGGGGGCGAGCGAGAGGGGCUCGCUGGCCAAGAUCGCAGCCGUGGUGGACGUGGUCCAGAGCAGCAGCUCGGAGGUGGGGCUGCGCUUAGCUGGGCUCAAGCACAUCGUGAAGAUCCUGGAGGAGGAGCCCGAGCCCGAGCAGCAAGUCGGCAGAGCCCAGGGCGGGCUGGGGACCAGGAGCGUUGGGGAGAUGAGCAUGCUGGUGGCCAGCGAGGACUCCAGCUACAUGCCGGCCCGCGUCGUGGUGCUGGGGGGAGACAGCCCAGCCACCGUCAGGACGGAGCUCAACGCGGUGACCGUCCUGCCCUCGGACAGCAGAGUGAUCCUGCUGGAGAACAUGACCCGCUUCUGGCCCGUCAUCCAGAUCCGGGUGAAGCGGUGCCAGCAGGGCGGCAUCGACACGCGUGUGCGUGGCAUCGAGGUGCUGGGUCCCAAGCCGACUUUCUGGCCCAUCUUCAAGGAGCAGCUGUGCCGGCGGACGUUCCUCUCCUGCACUGCUCGGGCUCACGCCUGGUGCCAGGAGAUCUGCCGUGACCGGGGGCGACUGCUGCAGCUCUUCGGCAGGCUGAACCGGGCGCUGCAGCACGAGCAGGGCUUCGCCGACCGCUUCCUUCCCGACGACGAGGCGGCCCGCGCCUUGGGCAGGACGUGCUGGGAGGCCCUGGUGAACCCCUUGGUGCAGAGCAUCACCAGCCCAGACCCGUGCGGCAUCAGCCCCCUGGCCUGGCUGCUGAGCGAGUACCUGGAGAGCGUGGAGCCGCCCGGCUGCGCCGCGAGCCGCGGUGCCGUCUUUGGUUCCCGUGUGCGGCGCCUGACCCAGCUCCUGGUGCACGUGGACCCCGGCGGCGGCCUGGAGCCGGAGGAGGCGAGGACAGCCGGCGGGAAGGAGGGGAAGAACAAGGAGGUGCCGGCCAGGGCUGCGAAGGUGGCGGUGGAGAAGUCGAGCAGCCUGCGGGACAUCUCGCAGUGCUGGCGUGGCGUGGUGCAGCAGCAGGUGCAGCGGUUCCUGGAGGCGGCGGGGCAGGCGCCGGACCUCGUGGAGCGAUACUGCGGGCUGUACCAGCGCCUGCGCGGCGCCACGGAGGAGCUCUUCGGGCAGCAGGCCGCCUUCGUGCUGGCCCUGGGCCAGGGCUUCGCGGGGGCUUUGCUGCAGCUCUCCUUCCUUACCACCCUGCACGUGAGCGAGCAGUUCGCCCGCUACCUUGAUGUGCAGAUCCAGGAGCUCCACGGGGCUGCGGGCAGCGUGGGGCCGCUGCGGCGGCUGCAGCGGAUCCUGGAGCCCUUCGUCGUCUUCAGCGGCCUGGAGCUCGCCCACACCUUCGAGCACUUCUACCGGCACUACCUGGGGGACCGGCUCCUGGCGCAAGGGCCGUCGUGGCUGGAAGGAGCCAUCGUGGAGCAGAUCGGGCUGUGCUUCCCCAGCCGCUUCCCCCAAGAGAUGCUGAGCAACUUGGCCGAGUCGGAGGAGCUCCAGCAGCAGUUCUACCUCUUCCAGCUGCAGGAGCGGGACAAGCGGCUGCUGGAGCUGGACACGGACCUGGACGAGGCACCGGGGACGGCCUCGGCGGCGGACGGGCCAGAGGUGAAGGUGCUAGCCCUGUCCCCGCGCUGCUGGCCCGUUUCCCCGUUCUGCUACAUGGAUGAACCCGGGAGGUUUUUCUCGGCGGCGCUGAGCUCCCCGCUGGACGAAUUCGCCGACUUCUGCCGGCGGAGCCAGAGCCAGCUGGGCUGGGAGUGCACGAAGCCCCGGCGGUUGCAGUGGACGUGGCUGGGCCACGCCGAGCUGCGGUUUGGAGACUGCGUCCUCCACGUGUCCACGCUGCAGAUGUACAUCCUGCUGUGCUUCAACAGCGCCGAGGAGGUGGCCGUGGAGGCCCUGCUGCAGGCUACGGGGCUCCCCGCUGACCUGGUGCACCACGCGCUGACGCCGCUGACCCACGGCGAGGGCGUCCUGGUGCAGAGCUGCACGCCGGGAGCUCCAGGUGCGCUGCGGCUGAACCAGGCGGCCCUGGCCCGUGCCUCUGGCCGCCACCUGAGGCUGCUGCCCCGGCAGAGGUACCUGCGGGCAGAGAGGGCUGACGUCAGCGCCCUGGAAAGGAAGAGGAACGUCCUCUGCUGCCUCAUCACCCGCAUCCUCAAACUGGAGAAGCAGCUCCACAUUGACAACCUGGUGUUUAGGGUGAUUGAUGCCUGCCAGAAGGGUGAGCUGGGGCCAGGGCUGCGAUUCCUGAGCUUCUGCUGCCACAGCGUGGAUGUGCUGUCCUGUGUCCUGCACCUGCUGAACCAGGGCUAUCUCCGGCGCCAGGAGGAGAGGCCUCAUGUCUUGGAAUACAUCUCUGCUGAACCCACAACACCCCCUACCUCCCAGGUCCAGCCCCAGGUUGCCUUCCAGACUGUAGAAAUCAAGACAGCAGCAAGCCCAGCCUCUGCUGAAAAGAGACAGACUUUUUCCACCUUCAGGUAGACAAGGACCUGGCUGGGCUG